AUGAGAGUGAAGAUGCGAGUCGGCAUAUUCAGUAAAAGUUCAACAAAAUAUGAGAGAAUGUCUCUAAAUUAAACUGAAAGAAAAGUGAAAACGCGUUGAGAGUUGAAACAAGGUCUUCACUGACAUGACAGCAGUCAACAAUUAGUCACUGCUGCGCCAACUAUCACAUUUACGUUUGUUUUCGCGGCAGUAUUUAUCUUUUCAAACCUCUGUCAGCGUUCACACUCGAUAUGAAAUCCAUAUCGUGAAAGAGGUCGAACAAUUUCUUCUAAAAUUUCUGUUUCUUCUUCUUCUUAUGCUUAGCAUUUUUAACCAAAAGAUUGAGUUUUGAGCUGGAAAUUCGCACACCGUUUGCCUUUUCUGUUCCUUUUACAACAUUUCUUGCGAAAACUUCAUGUGGGAUUCUCAGUUAUAGCUCAAGAUUGAGUUUUUGGCGAAAUUUACGAGCCCCCUUUUUUUUAUUUAACAUGAAAAUUUGCUGGAGCUGUUUUUGCCUGAUUUUCUUGCUGUCUGCUGUUAAUGCUGUGAAUUUAGAAGGUACGACUCUGCUGUCACUUGUUACGCAUUGGAGAGUUUUACCUCCACCCAUCAAGUUCAGCUGGAAUGCUUCUGAUUCCACGCCCUGUUCAUGGCUUGGUGUGAAAUGCAGCCCUAGCAACAUCGUUGUUGAGUUGAACAUGUCUGGUUUCUCGAUUUCAGGCCCAUUAGGGCCAGAAAUUGCGUAUUUGAAGCAUUUGGAGUCUAUUGAUUUAAGCUAUAACAGUUUUUCCGGUAGAAUUCCAUCAGUGCUAGGCAAUUGUAGCUAUCUUGAGUCUUUAGACUUGUCUAACAACUUCUUUCAUGGUGAAAUUCCGGAAAAUCUUGGAAAUUUGGUGAGAUUAAGGUUUUUGAGCUUGUGGUCUAAUAGUCUCGGUGGCAAGAUUCCGGAAUCUUUAUUCAAGAUUCCUUCAUUGACAUUGAUUUACCUCAACAACAACAAGCUCACCGGUGCAAUCCCUUCUGGUUUAGGAAACCUAAGUUCAGUUGAAUCUUUGUAUUUGAACAAUAAUUUGUUGUUGGGGACUAUCCCUUCGUCUAUAGGCAACUGCAGCGCGUUACAAGAGCUCUACCUGAAUGAUAACUUGUUUGAAGGUGCAUUACCGGAUAGUUUGAACAAUGUAGGGCGUUUGCAAGUUUUGUAUGUGGAGAAUAACAAGCUUGAGGACAGGAUUCCAAGUUUGGAUUCUUGUAAGGAGUUGGAGAGUCUAGUGCUGUCGAGCAACAGAUUUAGUGGAGGGAUUCCGGCAGGAUUAGGUAAUUGCAGUAGCUUAAUCAAUCUUGCAGCUGUUGGUUGUGGAUUGACUGGCACUAUCCCUUCUUCACUAGGUAGAUUAACUAAGCUUAGCCUACUUUAUUUGUCUGAAAAUCGAUUGUCUGGAUUGAUCCCGCCCGAGUUGGGGAAUUGUGAGGCAUUGACUGAUUUGCAGCUGUAUGGAAACAAGCUCAGUGGUGCUAUUCCAAGUGAGCUAGGUAGGCUUGAUCAGCUGCAGAUAAUCAUGCUUUUUAGGAACAAUUUGGGUGGAGAGAUCCCGAGCAGCAUUUGGAGGGUUCGUAGCCUUCAAGAACUUAUAGUUUAUGAGAAUAAUUUUGUUGGUGAGAUACCAAAUGAGAUCACAGAGCUGAAGGCGCUGAGUUACAUUUCCUUGUUCGACAAUCAGUUCUCGGGUGUCCUCCCUCAAGGGUUGGGCAUCAAUGGCAGCUUAACUCAGGUGGAUCUCUCGAGAAACAAGUUCACCGGCCCUAUACCGCCAAAUCUUUGCUUUGGGAGGAAGCUGAGAAGGCUCAUCUUGGGCCAGAAUCGCUUCAAUGGAAGUAUUCCUUCGGAUGUUGGGAGGUGUUCUUCACUGACGAGGCUGAUCCUCAAGCAGAACAAUUUGGAAGGUGGAAUACCGGAUUUUGUGAAGCGUUCGGGUCUUGAAUAUAUGGAUGUUAGUAACAAUAGCAUUAGUGGUUCGAUUCCCUCGAGUUUAGGCAAUCUUGGUAAUGUUACUUUUAUAGACUUGUCUCACAAUAAGCUCAUUGGUGGUAUACCUCUUGAGAUGGGAAGUCUUGUGAAUCUUGAGCGUCUAAGUAUCUCUGACAAUCGUCUGGAAGGCCUGCUGCCAUCACGGUUGUCGGGCUGUCACAAGCUGUCGGAGCUUGAUCUGAGAAACAAUCUGUUAAAUGGCACGAUUCCUUCCGGGUUGAGAAGCUUGAGGGAGUUAUCCAUUUUGGAUCUUAGUGAAAACCGUCUUGGAGGGGGCGUUCCGACCUCCUUGUUUCAGCUAGGGAAGCUUUCGUCUUUGCAGCUCGGUGGAAAUCAAUUAGGAGGGCCGAUUCCUCCUUCCAUAGGGCUUGAAGUUGAAGCACAGAGCCUGAGAUCGUUGAAUCUCAGCAGCAACGGGCUGAUAGGCCGUCUCCCCGUGGAAUUUGGGAAGCUGAAAAUGCUGGAGCAGUUGGAUAUCUGCUGCAACAAUCUCUCUGGCAGCUUGGAAACUCUUGGUGAGCUCCGUUCUUUAACAGAGGUCAAUGUCUCGUAUAACUUGUUUGCUGGCCCGAUUCAGCCUGCAGUGAUGAAGUUUCUGAUCUCCUCGCCCUCAUCGUUCGUUGGCAAUCAAGAUUUGUGUGUUGAUUGCCAAUCGGAGGGCGGAGGGAGCUGUGAGGGCAGUAACAGCAACACCACCUUCAAGAUAUGUCGUACGCAGUCGAGAAAAGGAGGCCUCAAACGCAUUGACAUUGCAAUGAUCGUCUCUGGAUCGUCCCUUUUCGUUGUCAUCCUCGUUCUUGGAGUUUCUUACGCGUUUUUGAGGCACAAGGGCCGUGAGAGGAACCCUUUAGGCGAUGCAGAGGAAGGCGCUUCGUCUCUACUCCAUCAAGUUAUGGAAGCUACCGAGAAUCUACACAAGAAAUACAUUGUCGGGAGGGGAGCACACGGGACAGUGUACAAGGUGGCGUUGAGUCCAACGAAGACGUAUGCUUUGAAGAAGCUGUCCUUUGCCGGAUCAAAGGGAGGGAACGCGAGCAUGGUGCGCGAGAUUCAGACCAUUGGCAGCGUGAGGCACCGUAACCUAGUUAGGCUCGAAGACUUCUGGUUGAGGAAGGACUACGGUCUGAUCUUGUACACUUACAUGGAAAACGGCAGCCUGCACGACGUCCUGCACGAGAUCCUUCCCCGGCCGCCCCUAAAGUGGGAGGUUCGUUAUAGGAUAGCUCUCGGAGCAGCUCAAGGCCUGAUGUACCUUCAUUUCGACUGCAAUCCUCCCAUCAUACACCGCGACAUCAAGCCAAUGAACAUCUUGCUCGACUCCGAUAUGGAGCCUCACAUCUCCGAUUUUGGCAUUGCCAAGCUCUUGGACGAGUCGGUUUCCUCGACACAAGCUGCAGUGCAGGGCACCAUUGGCUACAUUGCUCCAGAGAAGGCGUUCUCGACCAGGAGUAGUAGGGAGUCGGAUGUGUACGCGUAUGGCGUGGUGCUGCUGGAGCUGGUGACGAGGAGGAGGGUGCUGGACGUGUCGUUUGGUGAGGGGGUGGACGUCGUUGGGUGGGCGAGGGGCGUGUGGGACGAGGGCGGGGAGAUGGUCGAUCCGGAUGUUGUGGGCGAGUUGUUGGAUUCGAGCAUAAGGGAGCAAGUGGAAGAAGUGGUGUUGUUGGCUUUGAGGUGCACUGAUAUGGAGGCUGGGAGAAGGCCUUCCAUGAGAGAUGUUGUGAAGCAAUUGGUAGUGGUGGAGAGUAGAAGUAGAAGUAGAAGUGGAAGCAAGCAUAGAUAGUUGAAAAAAAAGAGGCACUUUUGAUGUAAAGAUGAGAUCCACCCUCUAUUUGCACGCGCGCGUGUGAAAUGGAGGGUGGAUCGGGUUGUCAAGCGCCCCGUCGUAAUUUAUUCUUAUGUAUUUUUUUUAAUAAAUUAAUAAUAUUAAAUAAAAAAAAA